GUGAAAUUGUUGACGCUAUCAAUGAUAUUAUCACAGAGUUUCUGGUCGAGCUGGGUAACAAAUCAUUUAAGAAAGAAAUUCAACAUUUUAAUAAAGAGAUCGAAUUGCAUUUGCUUGAGCAGUCUGAUAUUGUUGAUGAACAAAUAAAGCUGCAAUCAUCUUUAAGGAAAUCCAAAUUGCGAACGAAUCAUUUGAGAAAGGAAUUAUUGGAUGUUCAACGUGAACGUGAUAGUGUUUGUAAGGAAUUGGCAAAUGAAAGAAGAGCAUUCGCAAAAGAAGAACAAGACAGAAAGAAACUAGAACAAGCGCAUAACUUCCUCACGGAUAUUGAGACUUUACGUGAGGCUGUUGAUGCUGAAGAUAAUAUGCAAGAUGAAGAAGUAUUGGAUGGUUUUAAGGGUCUGUUAGUAUCCGUUACAUCUCGUUGUAGUGAUAUUUUACUUUCAUCAUCAUCUAAUGCUUCAGUUCAGAAAUGUUUCACAAAAGGAAAAGUUUCAUUAGACGAGGCUUCGGGAAGUUUGGGUAUAUUAUGUCGGUUCAAUAUGUUACUUGAAGUGUGUGAAAAAAUCAUAAGGCAAUAG